GCAACAAAAAAUGAGCAAAAGGCUUCCAAAGCCUCGGCCUGAGUCGAUGUUUUUCUUGAGGCAGGACCACCUCCGUCUGCCCAUGGAACUUGCCAGAGGAAUCCGAACUCGCCGUGGCAAAUCCUGCGUCUCGCUUGGCACGCAAAGCGCAGAGCGCGCUGAGUGGAGCUCCGUGCCGGGCAGAGCUGGCUUCUUGUACCGGCCCAAAAAAUUUAGGGACAAGUGCCGGCCGGCGGGUUCAAAUACGGCUGAAACGUCCGGCCCGAUCGCCCCACCGCUCUACGUGGCCGGCGGUGCUUGGUUGGGCGAUAGGGGCGCUCGCGUGCGGCGGAAGCCGCGCGCUGGGGCAUGGAGAUCUGCGGUGAGGGUAUAUGUGCGCGGACGAGGUGGGUGGGCGCGCUCCGCGCGUGGCGGUGGAGUCCGGGGCCGGCACCCUACGGACUCACCUGCCCGUGUUGAACUCCCCAGGAUUCCCUUCUUGGCUCGAUUCGUAUGAGCCGGGGCUGGCUAGCUCAGCCAGGCUUAAUGGAACCUGUUUGAAGAAAAACAGGUUAAAAGUCAACAUCUAUAUUUUGUUUGGUUGUUCACAUAUACGCCUUUCACAUUAAAAAAUAAU